AUGAUGGGACUGCAACAGCGGCUCAAGGGCGCCAUCGAUCGGACAAUCGCGGAGGAACAGGCUCGACAGGAACAGGCGCGCAAGGCACUCGGACCGGACUCUGGGACGCCGCGCAGGUCGGAUUCGACAUCGCGAGGCGCCCAGUCCCCCGCGCGACGGCCCCGGCCCAAGAAGAACGCAAGCCAGGACGCCACCAAGGACGGCGACAGCCCCUCGAACCCGGACCCGGCCGUAUUCGAGGCCGCCUUCGUGCUCGACGACAGCGAGGAGCCCAGCAGGGCCGGAACACCCAAACCACCAGCAAACAUGGAAGACAAGGCGGAGGAGAAGAAGGACAAGGUGGCGGCGGAGGAGCAGGAGAGCGGACAGAACGGGGACGAGAAGAAGGAUGCCGAGGCCAGCGCCGCGCCGGCUGCUGCUGCGCCCGAGUUGUCGCCCGAGGUCCGCAUGAAGCUUCGCAAGUUGGAGAAGCUCGAAAAGACGUAUCCCGAGCUCCUCCGAUCGUACCGAAUCGCCCACGGCCGCGCCACCUCCAUCGAGCCCUUCGAGCGGGUGCUUAAGGAGCACACGAGCGUCGGCUCUAUUAGAGAACCCGAAGCGCUCGUCGAGUUCCUCAACUCCUUGAAGCAGAAGGAGCAGAUGAUCAUGGACGAGUACAAGCGGGUCUCGAUCGAGAAGGACGACUUCAAGAAGAAGUUCGAGGCGGCCGAGAAGGAGACUGAGGCGCUCAAGAAGGAGGUGGAGGAGCUCAAGGCCGCGAAGCCCGAGCCCGCUGCCGAGAAGGCCGAAGAUAAGGAGCAGGUCGACGCCGCGACCGACACCAAGGACGACGCCUCCGUCAAGUCGCCCGACCCGAACGCCGCCAAGUCUCCCUUGCAGCAGGCCCUGGGCAUCUUCUCGCCCAAGCAGAAGGCGCAGGAGCCCGAGGCGGACAAGCCGGAGGAGUCUGGCGACUUGUUCUCUUACGACGAAGAGGCGCCCAAGUAUGAGGCCGAGAUGGCUGCCAAGGAGGAGGAGAUUGAGAAGCUCAAGACCGAGGUCGACUCUCUGAAGACCGAGCUGGCGUCCGCCAAGGAGUCGAGCGCGGAUCUUACCGAAAGCCUCGAGAAGGCGACCAAGGAGGCCACCAAACUCCGCGAUUCCGCAGCCGUCACAACCUCCCUCCAGACCCAGCUCGACGCCAGAAAUACCGAGAUCAAGACCCUUACUGAGCGCUUGGAGGCCUCGCAGAAACAGCUCAAGGAGGUGGAGACAAAGCUCAAGGGCGAGCUUGCCACUGCCAUAAAGGAUGCCAAGGAGGUACAAUCAAAGCUCACUGAGGCGAACACCCGGGCUGAGAAGGGAGAGGCGCACGUCAAGGAGGCAUUGUCCGCCCAGGCUGAAGUGGAAAAGAAGAUUGAGACUCUGAACGGACAGAUUGAGACCAUCAAGAAGGAGAAGGCCGACAAUGAGAAGAAGAUUGACGAGCUCACUAAGAAGUUGGAGAAGCAGAGCGAGCCUGUACCAGCCACGCCCACCACCCCUGGACCAACAGAGACUUCUGCACCUAGCGCCGGUGGUGCUUCCAAGAACAACAAGAAGAACAAAAAGAAGAAGAAGGGAGGUGCCGCUGCUGCUGCUACACCCGCUGCGCCCGCCACUGGCACAGCUGAACAACCUGCCGCGGCUGAGGAGUCAAAGGAGUCCGACACUGAGGCCUUGGAGGCAGAGAUUACCCGCCUCAAGGAGGAAGUCAGCACAAAGGACUCCCAGAUCGACCGGCUGACAAAGCAGCGCAAGACUGAGGAGGACCUCCGCGAGGAGAUUGACACUCUGCGCGGCGAGCUGACCGACAUCGGCCAGGACCACGUCGAGGCCAAGGAGAAGAUCAAGAACCUCGAGAUCGAGAAGAAGGCGCUGCAGACCAGGAUCGAGGAGCUGGAGAAGGAGCUCGGAUCCUCGGCCAACGAUGCCAAGGCGACCGAGAAGCUCCAGGGCGAGUUCGACACCCUGCAGCGCGAGUACGAGGACCUCAAGUCCAAGUCGUCCACGCUGCAGUCCGACCUCGGCGCCGCGCAGCAGCUGGCGCAGAGCCGGUACAAGGACCUCACCGACCUCCGAGAGGUCCUCCAGAAGGCCCAGCCCGAGAUGAAGAGCCUGCGUCAGGAUUCCGCGGCCCUGAAGACGGCCAAGGAGGAGCUCACCGCCAAGAACACCGAGCUCCGCAACCUCGAGAAGAAGGAGAAGGAACUCAAGGCCGACGUCACGAGGGCGCAGCGCCUCGCCACGGACCGCGAGACGGAGAUCAAGUCGCUCCGCGAGAAGCUCACCAACGAGACGAACACCCGCCUUCGCCUCGAGGACGCGCAGAGGGUAUCGGGACGCGACCUCCGCCGCUCCGAGGCCGAGAAGGUGGAGCUCAGCGCCAAGGAGGAGAAGGCCGUCCGGGAGCUGCAGAAGGUGCAGGAGGAGGCCAACAAGCUCCGCCCGCGGGUCAAGGAGCUCGAGGAGGAGGUCGAGAAGUUGCAGAAGGAGAAGAAGAGCCUGCAGGACGAGGCGGACCUCAAGACGCAGCAAUACACCAACGCGCAGGGCCUGCUCGGCAGCAUGCGCGACCAGACGGCGGAGCUGACCAUUCAGCUCAAGGAGGCCCGCUCGCAGUCCGAGUCUCUGGAGGAGGAGCUCGCCGAGAUCCAGAAGCACCUGUCGGAACGGUCCCGCGAGGCGGAGCGCAUGCGCGGGCUCCUCGCCGACGUGGACGAGCGCGCCGACAGCAAGGUGCGCGAGAUGCGCUCGCGCAUGGAGGCGGCCAUCGAGGAGCGCGACCGCAUCGAGGACGAGUCGAGCACGCUGGCGCGGAGGAAGACGCGGGAGACGGAGGAGCUCAAGCAGAAGAUGCGCGACCUGGAGCGGGACAUCAAGACGUUGUCCGGCGAGAAGGAGGAGCUCGAGCGCAAGGAGCGCGAGUGGCGGAAGCGGCGCGAGGAGCUCGAGGCGGUGGAGGAGAAGGCCGAGGCCGAGGUCAACGAGAUGCGGUCGGCGGUGUCGGACCUCCGCUCCACCCUCGACGCGUCGGAGCAGCAGGUGCGGGACGCGGAGAAGGCCAAGUCGGACCUGCGGCGGAUGCUGGACGAGUCGAAGCAGCGGUUCGAGAAGCUCAGCAAGGAGCACAAGACGGUGCAGGCCAAGCUCGGGGCGAGCGCCGCGUCGGGGCGGAGCUCGGUCGACUCGAGCCGGUCCGGCGGGCUCAACGGGGCCGGGUCGCCGGGGGCACAGCAGCAGCAGCAGUCGGCCGGGGGCUCGGCGGAUAGUCUGUACCUGAAGACGAUCCUGCUGCAGUUCCUGGAGCAGAAGGAUAAUAAGCUGCGGGAGCAGUUGGUGCCUGUGCUCGGGCGGAUUUUGAAGUUUGACAAGACGGACGAGCAGAAGUGGAAGGCCGCGAUUCAGCACAUCACUGUGAGGUGA